AGUACUAUUAAGCAUUAAAUAUAUACAAAUAAUUUAUUAGUAGUUAUAUAAUGACAGAAGAAGAACCUACUAAUAAUGGUACUGAAGGUGCCUCAUUAUCUGAAAGAAUUUUAGAAUCAGCUAGAAGAAAUAAUACUGAAUUACUCUUGUCAAUUAAGGUUGAACUUCAGAAUGAUCAUGAUAAACUUUCAUCACUUAUAAAUAAUACUCAUGAAGUCAUAACGGGUAAUACCCCAUUGCAUUUGGCAUGUCAACUCGGAAACUGGGAGUUUAUAGAUAUCGUGUUAGAUAUAGAAGGAGUAGAAAUUGAUCCAUACAAUAGAGAACAUGAUACUCCCUUACACCUAGCUGUUAAAUAUGCUAUUGAUGAACCAGAUCAUGGAUAUUUCAUAAUUGAUAACUUGUUGGAUGCAGGGUCUGAUCCUAGAAUUAAAGAUACUCAUCGUUUAAGGCCAAUUGAUUACGUUAGUAAAGACAAUACCAAACUUCGAGAAUUAUUAGAAACUGCCGAAUAUGCCAUUUCAAUGGAAAUUACUGAAAGUGAACAAUUAGAAGGAGAGGCUAAUAAUGGAGAAGAAGAAGAUGAUCAAGAAGAAGGUUCAGGAUCCGCUUCUGACUCAGAUUAGAAUUUAGUAUAUGUUAUUUAUUAUAUAUUUAUCGAACC